GUCCAUGCUGUCGGACUACAUGUCCCAGUAGACUUUGCGGUCGACGCAGAGGAAGGAGGGGGGUUGUCUCGACCUUGGGGUUUGACGUUCAGCAGCAUGGCGAACAAGGAGCCCAAUCGCCUCAUCCAGCACCUGAGGGAUCUGGCCGCUCGGAUGUCUUCAUCUGGUGGCAGAGGGGCAGGAAUAGGACUGAAGCUGCUGCUUGGAGCUGGUGCUUUGGCAUAUGGCGUUAAAGAAGCCACAUACACAGUGGAGGGUGGUCACCGAGCCAUCAUCUUCAACAGGAUAGGAGGGAUGCAGAUGGACACUGUUCUGUCUGAGGGUCUGCAUUUCAGGAUCCCGUGGUUCCAGUACCCUAUCAUCUUUGAUAUCAGAGCCAAACCCAGAAAGAUCUCCUCUUUGACUGGCAGCAAAGAUCUGCAGAUGGUGAACAUAGCAGUGCGGGUGUUGUCCAGACCGCUGGCGUCCAACCUGCCGAUCAUGUACCAACAGCUGGGGAAGGACUACGAUGAGAAAGUCCUGCCCUCCAUCGUCAACGAGGUCCUCAAGUCCGUAGUGGCGAAGUUCAACGCCUCGCAGCUCAUCACGCAGAGAGCACAGGUGUCCUUGCUGGUGCGCAGGGAGCUGUUUGAGAGAGCCAAAGACUUCAACAUCAUUCUGGAUGACGUGUCCAUCACCGAGCUGAGCUUCAGCAGCCAGUACACUGCUGCCGUGGAGGCCAAGCAAGUCGCCCACCAAGAGGCCCAGAGAGCCCAGUUCUAUGUGGAGAAAGCCAAACAGGAUCAGAGACAGAAGAUCAUCCAGGCUGAGGGAGAGGCUGAAGCUGCCAAAAUGUUGGGCCUAGCAGUGACUAAGAACCCAGGUUACCUGAAGCUGAGGAGGAUCAGAGCGGCACAGGCCAUCGCAAAGACGGUGUCAACAUCUCAGAACAAGGUGUACCUUAAUGCUGACAGUUUGGUCCUGAACCUACAAGACCGGACAUUUCUUAACAGCAUGACAGCGGGCCAAAUGAAGUGAUGAAGAGGACACACAGAACCGUCUUGAUCUGCACAUAGAGAAUCACCAUCUAUGAAUCUGGACGAGUGUGAAUGUGGACAACAAGAGAGAAGACGGUUCUUUUAGUUUUUCUUUUAAAUUUAGGGAAUGGCCUGUAUCACCCCGAGGUUUGUCAAUGAAUGAUUGUAGUGGAACAAAACAUUGAUCUCAUUUCAACUUCACAGUGAACAAAUCAGUAACAGAUGUGUUUAAUAGAAAAGUACAAGAAUCUAAUCAUAAGGACGGGCACAUGUCCGACUGAUAUGUCAGUAGAAUGCGAGUCUUGUGAGAGUCUCCUUUGAAUAAGAAUGAACUUCAAAAAUAUUUAGCAGAUUGGUGUCUUCUGUCAGGAGGAGCUGAUAGGACAAAUGAGGCAGUGAGAUAUCACCGCAGCACUGUCCCUAGUGCCAGUCCUCCCAGGGAUGACAUGGCUCCACAUGUCAACCUGGAGCUGGUGGUACAGAUGUUUGGUGAUGUGUGUGGAGUCAUGCAGUAAAACCUAAUAAUGCUGUGACCAGUGUUGGUGAAAGUUAAUGCAACCUAAUUUAUCUGUUAAUUAUAAACUUUUAUUAUGAGUA